CAGAAGAUGAGUGAUUUGGAGGAAGAGGAGGACGGAGCAGAGUCUGUAGUAUCUGGCUGUCUGUCUAUGAAGAAGGACUGGUCCAAAGAUGAUCCUCUGACCUUCAGUAAUGAACCUGGACCCUCAGACACAAAAGAGAGGAAGAGGAGUGAUGUUUCUGAGGAGGAGCAGCUGUCCAGAUCCAGAACCAGAGCUGGACUGCAGACAGCCAAUCAGAGCAGCUCUGAACAAAUGUAUGUUGGUCGUCAGAAACAUAAGAUCAGGCUGAAGGGGACAUUUGAACGUGUGACUGAAGGAGCUGAAACAGGAAGUAGAACCCUCCUCAACAGGAUAUUUACUGUCCUCUACCUCAUAGAGGGACAGAGUGAAGAGGUUAAUACCGAACAUGAGGUGUGGCAGCUCGAGACAGCUUCCAAGAAGAAGAUCCUCCAUGACUCUCCAAUCAAGUGCUGCGACAUCUUUAAAGCCUCACCUGACCAACAGAAACACAUCAGAGUGGUUCUGACGAGCGGCGUCGCUGGCGUUGGAAAAACCUUCUCAGUGCAGAAGUUCUGUCUGGACUGGGCUGAGGAUUUGGAAAACCAAGAUAUCAGUCUGGUGAUUCCUCUUUCCUUCAGGGAGCUGAACUUGAUCAAAGAUGAGCAGUACAGUCUUCUGGAGCUGCUCCGUGUUUUCCAUCCGACAUUACAGGAGGUCACAGCAGAGCAGCUCGCUGGCUCUAAAGUUCUCUUCAUCUUUGACGGCCUGGAUGAAAGCAGACUUUCACUGGAUUUCAACAACAAUGAGGCUGUUUCUGAUGUCGCACAGAAGUCAUCAGUCAACGUGCUGUUGACAAACCUCGUCCAGGGGAAGCUGCUUCCCUCGGCUCUCAUCUGGAUAACUUCCCGACCUGCAGCAGCCAAUCAGAUCCCUCCUGCGUGUGUUGACAGGGUAAUAGAAGUACGAGGCUUCACUGACGCCCAGAAGGAGGAGUACUUCAGGAAGAGAGUCAGUGAUGAAGAGCUGUCCAGCAGAAUCAUCUCCCACAUCAAGACAUCCAGGAGCCUCCACAUCAUGUGUCUGAUCCCAGUCUUCUGCUGGAUCACUGCUACAGUUCUGGACCACAUGUUGACUACAGACCAGAGAGGAGAGCUGCCCAAGACCCUGACUGACAUGUACUCACACUUCCUGCUGGUUCAGACAAAGAGGAAGAAGCUCAAGUAUGCUGAGGGACAUGAGACGAGUCCACAGGAGCUGACGGAGGCUGACAGGGGAGUUCUUCUGAAGCUGGGGAGGCUGGCGUUUGAACAGCUGGAGAAAGGAAACAUCAUGUUCUACCAAGAAGACCUGGAGCGCUGUGGUCUGGAUGUCACAGAGGCCUCGCUGUACUCAGGAGUUUGUACACAGAUCUUCAAAAGAGAGAGUGUGAUCUUCCAGAAAACAGUCUACUGCUUCAUUCAUCUGAGCGUUCAGGAGUUUCUGGCUGCAGUCUACCUGUUCCACUGUUACACCAACAGGAACACACAGGUACUGGAGGACUUCCAUGAUGAUGAUUGGGACAAUGAUUAUUACCCAUCCCUGGAUGUCUUCCUGAAGAGAGUCAUGGAGAAAUCCCUUGAGAGUAAAAAUGGCCACCUUGACCUGUUUGUCCGCUUCCUUCACGGCCUCUCUCUGGAGUCCAACCAGAGACUCUUAGGAGGCCUGCUGGGUCAGACAGACAACAGUCCAGAAAUCAUCCAGAGAGCCAUCAACAACCUGAAGGAGAUGGGCAGGGAUAGGAUAUCUGCUGACAGAAGCAUCAACAUCUUCCACUGUCUGACGGAGAUGAACGACCACUCAGUCCAUCAGGAGAUCCAAGAGUUCCUGAAGUCAGAGAAAAGAUCAGCAAAGAAACUCUCUGAGUUCCACUGCUCAGCUCUGUCCUACAUGCUGCAGAUGUCAGAGGAGGUUCUGGAUGAGUUGGACAUAAGGAAGUACAUUACAACAGAGGAGGGACGACGGAGACUGUUUCCAGCUGUGAGGAACUGCAGAAAGGCUGUGUAA